AUGCUGCUUGUAGCAAUCAUACUGCUGCUUGUUCGUGUAUGGCAAGUGGUUAUCCCGCUGCGCAUAAAGGUUACACGACGUCAUGUUCGCGUUAUGGCGGUUUUGGGCUCAGGGGGUCACACGACGGAGCUGCUGAAGCUCAUAGAGAGACUCAAGCGAGACGUGUACACUCCUUUUACUUUUGUAGUGGCAGAGACGGACAAAUCUAGUCAAGUCAAGACCGAGUUGGACUGGAAACCCACAGAAAUUGAUUCGUUUGCAACUAUUCCUCGUAGUCGAGAGGCUGGUGAAUCAUGCAAUGCGUACAAACGUAUGGAGAACGUUGCAAUCAUUUAUAUCAUGUUUACAUUUGGUCUACAAUCGUCGUCCACAGCUAAUACUGUGCAAUGGUCCAGGCACUUGUAUCUCCAUUUGCGCGGCGGGCUGCUGUUCCGAGUCUUUGGCGUGCAAACGGACUCGAAGAUCAUUUUUUGCGAGAGUUUCGCGCGUGUAACGCAUUUGUCUCUCACUGGUCGACAGAGAUACAUGGUCAGGUCAAAUGAUAAGUGUUACGAGAUUGACAUCAUUAUUAACUUGCGAGUGAAGUUGUUCACCAGUGUACACACGUCCACUGCCCGUGUAGGCUCGUCCACAAGUUCAUUAGGCUCAAAUUCUGCAACCGUUGCCGUCUCCAACUUGAAGGCGCUGUCCACCGCUGUUGAGCGCAUAAUGACAGUUGCAGCAACGCAAAUGAGCUGCGGAAAACCUGAGGAGAAUAUUAAGAAAGCCGAGUCUCUUGUGCGUAUCGCUAGUUCUCGUGGUGCUCAGAUCAUUUUGCUGCAAGAAUUAUUUCAGUUUGCAUACUUUCCCAUUGAGCUCAAUGCUGGCAAUUUUGAAUUGGCUACGACACUUAAAGAGUCAGCUUUGGUGCAGGACGGAACGGUUCUUGGUGUUACACGCAAAUUUCAUAUUGGUGAUCGACUAGGAUACAAUGAAAAAUACUACUUCACACCCUCGGAUGACUCGUUUAAAGUGUGGGAUACACGUUACGGUAAGAUUGGAGUAGCGAUUGGAUCGGAUCAGUGGUAUCCAGAAGUGGCACGCAGUUUGGUGGUGCAAGGAGCCGAGCUACUGCUGUACCCAAGUGCCAUGGGUAGCAACCAGUAUGAUCCAAACUUUGACCCGCGUGAUCAGUGGCAACGAGUGAUGCAGGGCCACGCAGCGGCAAGUAUGGUGCCUGUUAUAUGCUCCAAUCGCGUUGGAGCUGAGAUAGUGGACAGCAUUCAGGUCACGUUUGUCGGAUCCUCCUUUAUUACCGGCCAAACGGGCGAGAUGCUUAAAAUCGCCGAUCGGGAAUCCGAAGGUGUGCUUGUGGAAAGCUUCGACCUUGAGAAGUUCCAUGUGCGACGAGCUAGCUGGGGGCUUAUGCGCGAUCGCCGACCAAACCUCGGGCUAUUCUUUUUAUGGACAAAAACGUGGAGCACUCCAUGUGACCCUUAUCUGUUAGGUUCGUUGGCAUUCUCUUGUUUCGCCAAGCCAACAACACAUGAAGGCAAAAAUUCUUAG